UGUCCCAGAUGUUUCAUCUUUCUUUCCAGCCAUCAUCUCCUGGGUCUCGAGAAACAUCACCGUCAAGCUGGUCUUGACUUGAACUUGUUUGUGCUGCUGGGAUUUGGACUCAUUUUAUUUAUCGACUGUCCCCCCUUUUUUUUUUGACGACCCUCCUUCUAGACGCGCUUGCUUAGACGGCUGGCCCAACUCGUAGCCACCACAUAAGUUUUCAGCGUGUCGCAAUGGCCGAACAGGCAAAAAGCGAUGCCUCAAAGCAGCGGCAUGCCCUGUCGUGGGCCUCCGACUCCAACUACACCACCACUGUCCCAUCAUACGCCUGGUACUUCCUCAAGUCGCAGCUCACGCCGCUGCCGCAGCCCAAGGGCAACUUCGACGGCCAGACGGUGAUCGUGACGGGGGCCAACGUCGGGCUGGGGCUCGAGGCCGCUCGCACCGUCGUCCGCCUUGGCGCGUCAAAGGUCAUACUCGCCUGCCGCGACCCCGCCAAGGCCGACGCCGCCCGCGCCGACAUCGAGGCCAGCACGGGCCGGGCGCCGGGCGUCGUCGAGUGCUGGCAGGUCGACGUGGGCAGCCUCGACAGCGUGCGCGAGUUUUGCGCGCGCGCCGACAAGAGCCUGACCCGCGUCGACGCCCUCAUCGCCAACGCCGCCGUCGCCAUCCCGACCUACGUCGCCUGCGACGGCGGGCUCGAGAGCACCAUCGCCGUCAACGUCGUCGGCGCCCUGUUCAUGGCGGUGCUGCUGCUCCCGUCCAUGCGCCGCACCGCGGCCCGCUUCAACGUCGAGCCGCGCGUCAGCUUCGUGGGCUCGGACGCGCACCAGUUUGCGCGCUUUGCCGAGCGCAACCCGCCGCCCGGCCGUGGCGGGAUCCUCGACGUGUUUAGGGACCCGGCCGCCAUGGACACGGACCGCUACAACGUGUCAAAGGUGAUGAUCCUCAUGUGCGCGCGCGAGUUGGCGGCACGCCUCGACGGCGGCGGCGGCGGCGGCGGCGGCGGCGACGACCAUCCGGAGCGGAAUCCGGUGGUGGUCAACACGCUCAACCCGGGCAUGUGCCGCUCCCAGUUGUUCCGCCACGCGCCCUUCCCGCUCGACUGGAUCGUCGCCUUGGGCGUGCGGCUGGUCGGGCGCUCGACCGAGGUCGGGUCGCGGACCCUGGUUGCGGCGGCGGCGGCGGGGCGGGAGUCGCACGGAAAGUACAUGCUCGACUGCGUCGUGGUCGAGGGCGCCGAGAGCCCGCUGGUGCGCAGCGAGGAGGGCCGCGCGGUGCAGGUCAGGGUGUUUGACGAGAUCAUGGCGGAGCUGGAAAAGGUGCACCCAGGGAUAGGCAAGAUUCUGGCAGGCUCGGCUUGAGCUAGGCUUUUGGUGAUACUGUGGGAUUUCUCGGACUUGGACUCGUGUAAACAGCCACAUUGUAUUGGGAUUUUGUACAUGUGUUGAAAUCAAACCCAUCUUGACGCGGUAGGCCUUGCUGCCUCGAUAGGGUUUCUGUCAGAUCCGAGAACGGCCCUGUCAGGAUCGCCAGCAGAUCCAUUUGACUCAUUGGGUAUCGAAAUGCCGGGUCGAUGGCAUGAACUGCUUCAACACUCCGUGUUCUUUCUAGAAACACCUGUGUGGCCAUAGUUGAGGUGACUGGUUGGUCAAGAUUCCCAUGUCCCAUCCUCGAGGCCUCGCAACCGAGAUGAUCUUCAAUAUUUCUCGUCCCAAUUUUGCUCACCGUUCUUCA